GGAAAUUUUGCAGAAAAUGUUCUACACAACAGGAUUUAUUAUAUCGCUUAUAUACUUUGCUUGCACUACUGCAAAUGAAUGUCGAGAUGAAUCCAUUCUUUGCAAUAUUACAUCAAUUGAUGUAUGUUCCAACGAUGAGAUUAGCCAAUAUUGUCUUAAAACAUGCCAUUUAUGUGAUCGAAAUGACAGUAUCUCUUCUACUUCCUUUCCAUCUGAAGAAUGUUCAGAUCAAUGGACAAAUUGUACGAAAUUUGAUAAUAGUAUUUGUCAAAUUGAUUCUAAUAUUGCAAGGAUAUAUUGUUAUAAAACAUGUACUAAUUGUACCACUACUAUCAUAUCAACAACUAUAAAACCAAAUGUUGCAACAUAUUAUAAUCAUUGGUUUACAAUUAUUCAUUGUAUCAUCCAUUUUAUUACAAUGAAAUUUAUUGUUUAAUAUAUUUUAGGUUGCAUAAAGAAUAUGCUAAUU